AUGGCAGCCCGCGUGACCAAGCUCUUCCUGCAGAACUGCGCCCCGAAGAAGGAGGACACCAGCAAGACCGGCAAGCGCCCGGCGACCAAGGGCAAGGCGGCUGUCACCCAGGCAUCUACGUCCAAGAACGCCAAGAGGAAGCUGCGUCAGAAGAACAAGAAGGUCUCUGCCAAGGUGCGCGUGCUCGAAGAGGCACGGCGCGAGCUUGAGAAGGCCGACCGCACGGCCGAGAACCUGCGCAAGCUCAAGAGCAAGGCCCCCACCAAGUCACAGCGCCUCAUGACCAAGGUUCUCGCCCAGCGGAAUGCUGCCUUCCGGUAA